AUGGACGCAGAGGUCGAGAGUUUUGAACUAUCAAGCAGCUUGGCGAGCCUUGAUCCAGACGUGUCGCAAAGCGACGAUGGAAGCCCUAGGAGCCUCCCAAAGUGGGUGCUGUACGUGCCCAUGGUGGCCUCUGCAGUGUUUCUCUUCGUUUUCAUCGCGACCAAGCGCGCUGCCAGCUUUCACGAUGGCGCCUCGGUGAGCGGCGCCGCCCACCGUAGCGUUGUCAUUCAGCCGGUGCUCGAAGAGAUACCGCAUGUCGAGGUCCACCUGACCGAUCGCGUCUACAGCGGCCGCGUCAUUUCCGUGGGAAACCGCAAGCUGCAUGCUUUCUUCGGCAUCCCGUACGCUGAGCCGCCUCUGGGUGGCUUGCGAUUCCGCAAGCCCGUUCCCCUGAAACCCCAGCGCACCAAACGUGACCCCCUGGGGCCCCUCAUAAUGGUUCGCCAGAAGCGGUUCCCAUGCCCACAGAACCAGCCCUGGAACCCGCCCAGAGCGCAUUCCCUGGACGUCAACAGUAAGCGAGGACUGUCUACACCUGAACGUCUGGGCUCCCGCGGACAGCUCUCGGGUGACGCGCGGUCAUACUCUUCAUUCACGGCGGUGAUUUCCAGAGAGGGCGGUAACGACGAGGCCAUCAAUGAUGGCACCCUGCUGAGUGGCGAAGGUGACGUGGUUGUGGUCGUGCCCAACUAUCGUCUGAAUGCCUUCGGCUUUCUCAACGGCCAUGUCGCGAACGCGCCGGGCAACGUAGGUCUCCACGACGUGAUCCUGGCCCUGCGCUGGGUUUACAACAAUAUCGCGCGAUUCGGUGGCAAUCCGGACAACAUAACGCUCGCUGGCAGGGACGCCGGCGCUGUGUUGGCCGGUUACGUCAUGAUCUCCCCACUCACGCAGGGCCUAGUGAGACGGUACAUUCUCUUGGGUGGGUCUCCCUUCUGGAGCCUACCAGACAACCGAGGAACCAGAAGCGUCGGACAACGUCAAGCUGCUCGCGAGCCGUCUUAAGUGCGACCACGGCGAGG